AUGAUAACUGUUUCCGAUUGGAUCCGUUCAUCUUUGAAUCAACACAUCAAUUUGUACAAGCAAUGGUUCAACUUGGCAGAUUCAGAUGGCGAUGGCCGUGUCACUGAAAAUGAUGCCACCAAGUUCUUCGCUCUCUCCACCUUGUCUCGCCCUCAACUCAAACAGGUUUGGGCGAUUGCUGAUACCAAGAGACAAGGUUUUUUAGGUUUUGAAGAGUUUGUUACUGCAAUGCAGCUCAUUUCUGUGGGUCAGGCAGGAUAUGAUCUCAACUCGGAUAUACUUAAAACUGAAAUUGACAGCGACAAGAUCAAACCUCCAGUCUUGGAAGGAAUUGAUGCACUAGUAGCAAAUACAAAGAGUCCGGCAAUGAAUGCACAACCCGAUGUAUUUGGGACUGGCCAGCUUCAGCCUUUUCCACGAGCUGCUUCAAAAUCUGCAAAGAAGUUACCCCUCAAUGCAGUGACAUCAAUAAUAGAUGGCCUGAAGAAAUUGUAUGUGGAGCGGCUAAAACCGUUGGAGGCUACUUAUCGAUUCAAUGAUUUUGUGUCUCCAUUAUUGACCAACAGUGAUUUUGAUGCUAAACCAAUGGUCAUGCUUCUUGGUCAAUAUUCUACAGGGAAAACAACAUUCAUUAAACACUUGCUAAGAUGUGAAUAUCCAGGGGCGCACAUUGGACCAGAACCUACAACUGACAGAUUUGUCGCUGUCAUGUCUGGAACUGAUGAGAGGAGCAUUCCUGGAAAUACUGUAGCUGUUGAUGCUAGCAUGCCUUUUAGUGGCCUCACAAGCUUUGGCAGUUCAUUUUUGUCAAAGUUUCAAUGCACCAAUACCACACCACAUAAUAACCUGCAGCAUCAUGACAACAAACUUGCAGCUAACACAAAUCCCAUGCCAGACAAUACCUGCUAUUACUGCUCCAGCCCUUGCACAACAACAUCACUGCUACUACUUCCCAACAAAACACAUCCUCCACACCAGACAACUCUGCGACAAUACAGCCUGCCCCCUGCUACACUAGGUUGUACAAACCUGCAACCUGUAGUGAAAACCAAACAAACCAGCAAUAUAACACAACUUAAUCUUCAUUGGUGGGGGGACAUGAAGAGCCACACUUUCAUUCCUCCUCUGAUCAAAACCUGCUUUUCCCCACAACGAUUCAACCAAUAA